CGGUAAUGCCGUAACGUCAGUUGGUGAACCACUGGUAAUGACAUCAGAAGAAGAUGAGUGAAUGUGGGUGUUAAUAAUGCAGGACACUGAUCAGACUGUGACCAUCGGAGCGACUGUCCCGACGGGGUUCGAGCUCACGGCAGCAGAAGAGGUUCAGGAGAAACUCGGAGCCAAUGCUAGAGUCAGCAAAAACAGAGGAAGAAUCUAUUUCGAUAUAACAACUGAUAAACUCAUUGAGGUACAUCACCUCAAGUCUCUAGACAAUCUGUUUGUUGUGGUAAAAGAAUAUGAAGAUUACCAAUUUAAAGCCACAAAGGAGGAAGUGCUACUGGAUUGGCAAGAACUGGCCACCAAGCUACCUUGGACCAAUGCCUUAGAAGUCUGGAAGUUGAACAAUUCUAUAAGAAAGAAGAAAGGACGUCGGAAAAGACCCAACCCCACAAAGUCAGAUCAGUGUGAAAAUGUUAGCGCUAAAUGCCCUGAUACUGUCCCAUCUGAUCUAGAGGAGCUCUUGGAGAAUUGUGAGACUCUAGAGGUGACAGAGAACCAAGCAGAUGUUUCUCCUAAUCUUGAAAACGACUCAGAAGAAGACAAACCUUCUGAACCCCAAGAUCAGGAUUCAGAGCUGAUGCCUCUUAAGUUUCGAGUGACCUGUAGCCGAGCUGGAGACAAACACUGCUUCACCUCAAACGAUGCUGCACGAGACUUUGGAGGAGCCGUGCAGGAGUUCUUUCAGUGGAAAGCUGAUAUGACUAAGUUUGAUGUUGAGGUGCUGUUAAAUAUCCACAAUAAUGAAGUUGUGGUUGGCAUUGCGCUUACCGUGGAGAGUCUGCAUAGGAGAAACAUCACUCACUUCGGUCCCACAACUCUGCGCUCUACACUGGCUUAUGGCAUGCUUAGACUUUGCAAGCCACAGGUUUCAGAUGUGAUUGUAGAUCCCAUGUGUGGAACAGGAGCUAUACCUUUGGAGGGAGCUAUGGAAUGGCAGAAUUCAUUCUUUAUAGCUGGAGACAACAACGGCACAGCAGUCAGCCGAUCAGUCAACAAUAUCAAGCACAUUCUGAAGAAAACACAGGAUGGAGGAAGCCCCUCGGGCUUGCCCUUAGACAUUGUGCAGUGGGACUUGUGCAAUUUGCCCAUGAGAAGCAGUUCAGUGGACAUCAUCAUCACUGACAUGCCUUUUGGAAAGAGAGUGGGGUCCAGGAAGAAGAACUGGGAGUUAUACCCUUUAUGUCUUCGAGAAAUGGCUCGAGUUUGUAAACCAGGAACAGGAAAAGCUGCUUUGCUGACUCAGGAUAAAAAGUGCUUCACAAAGGCUCUGCUGCAGAUGGGAGGACUGUGGAAAAAACUACACACUGUUUGGGUGAAUGUGGGAGGACUGCAUGCUGGCGUUUUUGUGCUCAAAAGGACGAAUGUCAUUUUUGGCAUAAGUUCAGAAGAUAAAACGGAGCCUCAUACAGCAACAGAAGCACAAAAGGAGAAUCUGGAUGAUGCGAGUCUGUCUGUCUGAAAACUGACAGGCAAAUUCUCUUUUUUCUUAAGUUAGUCAAAUCCCUGAGGUUUUGUUUUAGUUGUUGUUGUUUUUCAUGAUUAACUUGAGAUAUAUUUGGAUGUCUAGAGUUUAAGAUAAUAAAAUGUUCUUCCAAUGUUUCUUC